UAUUCCUGCUCUGCUCUAUCUUCCUGACAUGAAAAAUGAAUGGUUGGGACUGGGGAGGGGAAGGAACAGGUGACAGAUACUGCUUGCUCUGAAACUGCUGCUGACAAGCUGUUUUCAACUAAGCCACAUUCCAGGAGAUGUUUCUCUUUUGAAUACUUACAAUUCCUAAUGAUUAUUUUAGGUAUCUUUGGCUUUGAAAAUUCCCUCGUGCAAAAUGAAGUAAUAUUUACUUUAAAAAUAAAAAUACACAGCUGAGAAGCAAUGGCAACUGCUCAGCAACAAAAACAGUUUUCCAUCACCAUGUCCAACUAUUUGGAGAAAAACAAUGCAAGAACACUGUUUUCAAGAAGUGAUUUAAAAUGAUUUGGCUCUUUAUCCAACACUUCUAAGAACUGCCUGCAUUAAGAAAGAUAUAUUGCUGAAACAGCGGAUUUACCAUCAACUAUUACUGCACUUGAGCUCCUCUGAACACUGUUUUUGAGUUGGUGUUGAGGUUUGGAAUUUUUGGACGGAGCUAACACAAUGGAGGAUUCUUGAGCUAACAUAAACUUUUCUUUGUACCUAAGAAAACUGAAGACUGCAUUUCUAACUUCUUUGCUGUCUACCUUGUUUUCUAUAGGAAAUACUGACUGCACCAGAGAACAGCUGUCAUGCUUUUCUCUUUUGUUGUUGAACUGCAAGACUAUCCUUGCCUAAAUAUGAAAGAGAAACCUGCAAAACAAGAAUUGCAAGCUUCACUGAGAUAUAACAAGCCAAAUUAAUUCUUGAGGUCAGUUCAGGGAGAGUCCAUUAUAUGAUGUCAAGCUGCUCCAAAUAAAGCAAACAGUUUUGAUUUCUUCAAGGGAAUUUACUGACUAUAUCAAUCACAAAACUUUGUAUGACAUUAAGCCUGCAGAUUACUACUCAUGUUAAGCGUGAGGUUUCCUGACCUCACAGUACGAGAAGUACAACCAGCAGAACACUGGAAAAAGUUAGAAAAGUUAUUACAAUUGUUUUGUCAAUCUAAAAUUCUUGAGUCAUAGAAGCAUAGUCAUGGAUUCCUAUCGUAAAGACAAUAUAGAAUAUAGAAGCCAUAUUCUAUUUUGAAAAAAUUAAUAAGCUAAUAAGAAAAAUUGGAGAAUGUAUGAUUUUCUUUCUGCAUUCUUUCUCGUCGUGGAUUUUUAUUUAUUCAUUUAGCUGACAUAUCGUAACACACAAAAACACAGCCCAGGAAACACAAAUAAAAUGAAGCGAUGUAAAGGCCACGCAAAGAAGAGGACACACGUUGUCCUUUCCAUUGGCACAAAGCUAACCGUAGUGCUGUAAGAGGGAAGGCACACAGCUGGAGGUGAGGGGCUCAGAGCUUCGUGCCCUCGCUCAGCGCAGUGCCCAGCUCAGCUCCGUGAGAGCUGCCGUGCAGGCUGGAGCCUUUCGGCAGGCACCCGAGCGGGGCGUUUUCAACACGCACACCGAGGAGCUGUGGAUAACGCUGCGUCGUGCCCUUGCACCCCACGGGAUGUUCAGACUGAAGCGGGUUUGGUGCAGUACUUUGUUGCUGAUUACCCCCAUCCUCGCUGAGCGCUAAGCUAGUAAUAUCACAGCGAUGCGUGCAUCUGAGUGAAUUCGUUUUAGUAAUUCAGUGCUUAAAAAGAAAAUCCCUCUCGUAUCUUUCGGUUAUAAUGUGGGAAACCACCACGGUCCCGUUAGCCGCCGGUGGCAGCUCAGCCCCGUGCGCCGCGUCCACCAUUUCGUCGCUGCCUGCAGCUCCGCGCCCGCUGCCCCGUCAAGAUGGCGGCCGCCGCCCCGCGCGUUCCCCGCCUCGACCCCGUUCCUCUCAGCCCCAGGCCCCGCUUCCAAGACGUGGAACGGAGCGCCCGCCGGAGGGCGGGGGGAGCGCGCGGGAGCAGGGAGGGGGCCGAGGCAGCUCCUCGUGGACACGGCAGCGGGCGGGCCGGGGACGUCCGAGCGUGGUGCGAGACUCCCCGAAGCGCGGCCCGGUCCCGCCGCCGGUUUUUGCCGCAUCACUGGGCGGCGCGGUGGCGCCUCCGGUAUGGGGGAAGGGAGAGGCAAGCAGAGGAAACCGGAGCUGCUUAGGCGGUGAGUCACAGUGCGAGGGACAGGGAGGGGCAGGGCGGUGCCGUAGCGCCCGCCAGCAGCCUGACUGCGCCGCGCCGUCCUGCAGCGCACCGGGAGCUCCCGCCAAGGCCGCGCUCCCGGCUCUGCCCCCAAGCACGCAGCCGAGCGCACGGAGCUGCCAGGCGGGGGGGGGAGGGGGCGGCUCUUCCCGCCUUCCGGCAGCGAUGAUUGGUUGUUUACGUUCUCAACUCUGA